GUGCUCCCGGCGCCCGGCCCGGGCCAGCGGCCACCAUGUUCUCGUGUGUAAAGGCCUAUGAGGAGCAGAACUACGCGACCCUGAAGCGGGGCUGCCUGCGCAGGAGGGUGCUCUUCGAGGACCCCCACUUCCCCGCCACCGACGACUCGCUCUACUAUAAGGCCACCCCGGGGCCAGCCGUCAGGUGGAAGCGGCCCAAGGACAUCUGCGAGGACCCGCGCCUCUUCGUGGACGGCAUCAGCUCCCACGACCUGCACCAGGGCCAGGUGGGCAACUGCUGGUUUGUGGCGGCCUGCUCGUCCCUCGCCUCCCGUGAGUCCCUGUGGCAGAAGGUCAUCCCGGACUGGAAGGAGCAGGAAUGGGACCCUGAGAAGCCAGACGCCUACGCGGGCAUCUUCCACUUCCACUUCUGGCGCUUUGGCGAGUGGGUGGACGUGGUCAUCGAUGACCGGCUGCCCACUGUCAACAACCAACUCAUCUACUGCCACUCCAACUCCCGCCGCGAGUUCUGGUGCGCGCUGGUGGAGAAGGCCUAUGCCAAGCUGGCGGGCUGCUACCAGGCGCUGGAUGGGGGCAACACGGCGGACGCACUGGUGGACUUCACGGGUGGCGUUUCGGAGCCCAUUGACCUGAUGGAGGGGGACUUCGCCAACGACGAGGCCAAGAGGAACCAACUCUUCGAGCGCAUGUUAAAGGUGCACACCCGGGGAGGCCUCAUCAGCGCCUCCAUCAAGGCGGUGACAGCUGCAGACAUGGAGGCCCGCCUGGCGUGCGGCCUGGUGAAGGGCCACGCAUACGCUGUCACCGAUGUGCGCAAGGUGCGCCUGGGCCACGGCCUGCUGGCCUUCUUCAAGUCAGAGAAGCUGGACAUGAUCCGCCUGCGCAACCCCUGGGGCGAGCGGGAGUGGAACGGGCCCUGGAGCGACACCUCCGAGGAGUGGCAGAAAGUGAGCAAGAGUGAGCGGGAGAAGAUGGGUGUGACCGUGCAGGAUGACGGCGAGUUCUGGAUGACCUUCGAGGACGUGUGCCGGUACUUCACCGACAUCAUCAAGUGCCGCGUGCUCAACACCUCCUAUCUGAGCAUCCACAAGACGUGGGAGGAGGCCCGGCUGCGGGGCGCCUGGACCCGGCACGAGGACCCGAGGCAGAACCGCAGCGGCGGCUGCAUCAACCACAAGGACACCUUCUUCCAGAACCCGCAGUACCUCUUUGAUGUCAAGAAGCCGGAAGACGAAGUGCUGAUCUGCAUCCAGCAGCGGCCCAAGCGGUCCACCCGCCGGGAGGGCAAGGGCGAGAACCUGGCCAUCGGCUUCGACAUCUACAAGGUGGAGGAGAACCGCCAGUACCGCAUGCACAGCCUGCAGCACAAGGCGGCCAGCUCCAUCUACAUCAACUCGCGCAGCGUCUUCCUGCGCACCGAGCAGCCCGAAGGCCGCUACGUCAUCAUCCCCACCACCUUCGAGCCAGGCCACACUGGCGAGUUCCUGCUCCGAGUCUUCACCGAUGUACCUGCCAACUGCAGGGAGCUGCGCCUGGACGAGCCCCCCCACACCUGCUGGAGCUCCCUUUGUGGCUACCCUCAGCAGGUGACCCAGGUACAUGUCCUGGGGGCUGCAGGCCUCAAGGACUCCCCGACAGGGGCCAACUCCUACGUGAUCAUCAAGUGCGAGGGGGAAGCAGUGCGCUCGGCCGUGCAGAGGGGCACCUCAGCUCCCGAGUACAACGUCAAGGGCGUCUUCUACCGCAAGAAGCCAGGCCAGCCUGUCACUGUCCAGAUCUGGAACCACCGAGUGCUGAAGGAUGAGUUCCUGGGCCAAGUGCAGCUGAAGGCCGACCCCAACGACCUGCAGGCCCUGCACACACUCCACCUGCGGGACCGCAGCAGCCGGCAGCCCAGCGACCUGCCGGGCACUGUGGCCGUGCGCGUCCUCAGCAGUGCCUCCCUCACGGCUGUCUGAUGCCUGCCCACCUGCCCGGCCCCAGCAGCUCUCACCACCACCUGCAUGUCCCUGCCAGGCCGAGACCACCUGGGAGCCAGACACUGGGGUCCUUUGCCCACUGUUGCACUGGCCUGCUGUGUGCCCUUGGGACGUCUCUGCCUGUCUCUGAGCCUCAUGUCCCAAGGGCCCCAAAGCACUCCCUUCUCACAUGGGAGUCUUGCCCGAGAUUUAAAUCAGCCCUUCCCAGCCCACCUGCCACCACUGCUACGGGACAGCGCUUACCGUUGAAGACAUUUUCCUAGGGCCUGCAGUCCGCCGAGGAGCGCCAAGAUGUCACUUGUUUACACACCAACUGCCACAUUCCCAAGCCCGUCCUCGCCUCGCUGGGCCUGGGCCUACCCUGUCUCCCUCACCCCCUUCUCUCCCGGCUCCUGCUGGGCUCCUGCUCAGGCGGGGCUCUGGGAGAUGUGCAGGUGGCCUUUGCUGAUUCUCUGGCCUUGGCCCCGUGGCCAUCAUCCACUUGUUCACUCAAACAGAGAUUUGCCAAAUGAAGGUAGCCUGGGGUGGCCGGUGCAGGCCAUGCGGGGUCAGACCACCCUUGGCUGUGGCAGGAGAUGGGUAGCCGUCACCUGGCCAGGGACCCCUGCACCAACAUUCCCCCAGAACGCAGCCGAGAAGGGCACGGUGCCCUCCCUGCUGCCCGGGCCAAAGUGUUUUAGUCCUCAAGCUUUCUGUUGUUUCCUGUGGGAGAAAGUCUCCCUCUCACCCAGGGCUUCUCAGAGGCAAGCUGCGAGCCAGGAGCCCUCUGCUCUUCUCCUGGCACGAUUUUGGCUGCAUGUGGGGAGGGCUGGAGAAGUGGGCCCUUCCCAGAGGGGCCGUGGCCCUGGCGAGGGGGCGAGGUUUGCAGCAGGCGCUCUGGUAGCCGGCACCCACCGUGUUCUAGAAGCCUCUGGCUGAGCUUCGGUGCCGGGACGCCCUCCCUGCCUCCGCGGGGCCCUGCUUGGGCCUCCAGGCCAGGUGUAGCCACAGAACGAGUGUGGCGGCUUCAAGAACGGGAAUUCCUCUGGGCACCUGAGUCUCCAGCUCCAGAUUCCACGGCGUGUUCACUCUGCCUCCUCACCCACAGCCGCCUGGACCCUGGCUCCCUCAGCCACAGCAGAGGCCAGGGACAGAAACAGGAGGAGGACGAGAGGAUCCCUUCCCAAAGCUGCGACCCCCCACCCCCCGGCCCGAGGACCUGGGCCUGGGGCCAGGACUGUGCACGUGACCAGGAGCGAAUCACUGAAACCUCCCGUGCCUGCGUCCCCGACGCCUGCGCUGUCAGCCCUGCUGUCGCCGAGUGCCGGACAAGAGCAGUGCAGCGCCCUCCAUGCUCCCUGCACACCCGUGGAACCCCCACUUCCCGAUGUCUGAAAUUAGGCGGGGGCUGGUAAACGCUGCUUGGCCAGCCUGGGCCAGAUCAGCCAACACGUGCUGCCUUGCUCAGCCACGCCCCCUGGUACGUGCAGGCAGUGGGGGGAUGCCAGGACCAAGUAGCAGAUGGGCUUCAGCCCGGGGGCUGGCUGCUGCCUCACACCCCAGCAGAAAAGAACUGGUACUGCAGCCCUGCUCUCACUUCCGGCCCCUCGAGGUGGGCCAGGCUGGCUCCUGGCUGUGCAGGGACCUGGGGACCCGGAAGGUGAGGGUCGAGAGUGGGUGGGGAGAGAAUUGCUUCAUGCACUCGGGGUCCCCACGUGCAAAUGGGUGUUGCCUGCAGCCUUCGCCACGCAGGCCCAGGCUUCAGCCCUGAAGGCCCACAUGGGAUGGGGGAGAGGGGUCUGAUCUGAUCUAACAAUAAAUGGUACCACAG